AUAAUUACCUUAUCGGUCUUCUUCAUCUCUAUAGCCAAUGCCUUUUUCUCUUCUUCCCGAACCUAAACCCUAACCAGUAACCAAAAACCCACCUUACAAAUACAAAUCACUCUCACUCUUUUCACACCCCUCUCAAAUUCCUCACUCUCCAUUCCACUUCCUUCACCUUUCUCUCUCUCUCUAUUCGCUUCACACCAUGCCAGAAGCUAGAGACCGUCGCGUCAACGCCCUUGACGUCGCCACUAUUUUCACUCACCGUCGUGCUUCCAUCUUUCAAGACUCCGACUCGCUCACAACCGGCUUGGAUCUCUUCAGAGCUCAACGAACUCCCGUCACUCGCGGCGUUGCUCGUGCGCGUAAUCUCCACGCUCCGGGAAUCGAGAACACUCCACCGGUUACCACUCGCCGUGGAAGAAGUCGUGGUUCUUCGCGCAGCGUUCUACCUUCUUGGUACCCUAGAACUCCACUGCGUGACAUUACUUCCGUCGUUCGGGCGAUUGAGAGAAGGAGGGGUAGAAUGGGAAAUGAGGAAUUUCAGCAAACAGGAGCACAAUUUUCUGCGGAUCAGUUUACAAUUUUUUCUGAUCCUUCUUCAUAUUCUGCUUCUGGUUCAAAUUCUGCUUCACGUGCUUUUAAGAAUUCUCCAAAAUCCGUAGGCAUUAAACUGAGAACACCUUAUGGUAGCAAAGUACCGAAAAUUCUCUUCGAUAUAUCGAAUCUUCCUGAACAAGAAGGCGAAUCGUCGGAGCUUCUUACUCCACAGAAAAAGCUUUUGAAUUCUAUUGAUUCCGUCGAGAAAGCUGUUACACAAGAGCUGAUGAAAAUGAAAAGAACACCGAGUGCGAAGAAAGCCGAAAGAGAGAAAAGGGUUCGUACAUUAAUGUCUAUGAGGUGAAAAAGAAGAAUUUUUUUAAACUAAAGCGGGCUUUGAUUUGAAUUGAUUUGACAUUAGAGGCAGUAACAGUAGAAGAGAAGGAAAAGGGAAAAUUUUUGAAAUCAUCUUCUGAUGAUAUUUUGGACUGAAAUUGAUUCAGCAGAGAAUUUUAUAAUUUUCCUAGUUUGCUUCAUUCAUAUCUUCGGCUUGAAGAUUAUAGAUAGAUACAUGUCAUAUUUUUCUUUACAUCAUUCUUUGAUGGUAUUUUUGCAUUGUAGGUGUAUGUUCUGUUUCAAUCCUUUGUACAUAUUUCAAUUCCUUCUUUGUUUUGAGUUAGAAUUUCUUGUAAGUUUAGUUUUGUACUCUUACUUACAAUUACAAUCUAUGAGAAGGAUCUUGCAUCGGAAUUGUACACUCAAA